UAUGGGUUAUAUUAGUAGGGGGUGAUUUCACUUCGAAUGAAAGGUUAUUGUCUGAACGGAGAGAACAUUAGGUUAUAUGUAUGUAUGUGUAUAAGUUUAGAGUCGUCGUAGCUGCGCUACAUAAACAGACGGAGGAAGGAUCUUCUGAAGGCUGCUGCUGAGAGGGCUUGAAGCAUGAAGUAGCAACGCACAGACUAAACGGAGAUUAAAGAGAGAAAAUCAAGCAUGGCUCCGAUCCUCAGUUCAGAAACAGACGAGUCUCCAUCAGACCCAGAACCGGUCCUGUCCCCUGCGGACCCAGAACCGCUCCUGUCCCCUGCGGACCCAGAACCGCUCCUGUCCCCUGCGGACCUGGCCCGUCUGUGCCGGGUAAGGAAGGUGUCGGUGGUGCUGGUGGACUGCUGUAGAACUGCAGAACAGCCGGCGAAGAUCGAGGAGAACACGCCAGAUGGAGAACAGACCAAGACCCGAAAGCGGCCGUUCUCUGGUUCCCAGUCCAGCAAGAAGCUCAAAGUUCCCCAGCGCGCUCUCACUGCAGAGAGGACACAGCAGCAGUCCGCGGAGGGUGGAGAGAGUUUAGCCGCUCAGUCAAGCUCCGAGGGUCCCCAGCGCACUCGUGAAGGAGAGCAGACACCCCGGGAGUCCAGCUUACAGACGUGUGUGUGCACGGGAGACCGGCCGUACCUCUGCACUCAGUGUGGCAAGAGCUUCAGCCGGGAGUCUUACCUGAACACACACCUGCGCACUCACACGGGCGAGAAGCCGUUUGCGUGCGGCGAGUGUGACCGGACUUUCAUAGACGCUCGAGGACUCCGCAGACACCGGCACACACACACAGGGCUGCGGCCGCACGCCUGCGGUCAGUGUGGCAAGAGCUUCUCUGAAGCAGGACACCUGCGGAGCCACGAGCGCACGCACUCGGGAGAGAGACUGUACCUCUGCGCAGAGUGUGGCAAGACCUUCUCGACCCGGUCCGGCCUCCACCUGCACCAGCACACGCACUCCGGAGAGAGACCGUACAGCUGCACCGAGUGUGGCAAGAGCUACACCCGAGAGGACAGUCUCCGAGUGCACCAGCGCACUCACAUGGGAGAGAAACCGUUCGGCUGCACUCAGUGCGGCGAGGCGUUCAGGCACUACGGAGCUCUCAAGAAACACCGGACGCUCCACAAAGAAGAGGGGCUGUUUCACUGUCCGCAGUGCGACAUGACGUUCCUUUACGCCGGGAAACUCAAAUCCCACCUGCGGACGCACACAGGAGAGAGACCCUUCCGCUGCGACGAGUGCGACAAGAAGUUCACGCUGAACGGAGAGCUCAAGAGACACAAGCGCACGCACACGGGGGAGAGACCGUACCAGUGCACGCAGUGCGACAAGAGCUUCAUCGAAGUGGGGAAACUGCGGAGACACGAGCGCACUCACACUGGAGAGAGACCGUACGCGUGCGCUCAGUGUGGCAAGAGCUUCGUCCGUCUGGAUUAUCUCCAGAAACACCAGCACACACACACACACACACACACACACACACACGCAGGAGGACGCUCCUUCCUCGUGACGUCGACACCAGCGCACUCGCCUGAUCCUGGUGCGGACCCAGCGGACGAUUGACCACACCGACACCGAGCUCUUGAGUUUGGACAUAUUCCCUCCGUAGCUAUGGAUGCCCUGUAUAGGUCAUGUGAUUGACCACACACACACCGAGCUCUUAAGUUUGGACAUAUUCCCUCCGUAGCUAUGGAUGCCCUCUAUAGGUCAUGUGAUUGGGUCUGGACCACUCCUAAGUUGUGCAGUUUUAGGAGAAAUGCUUUUACUGCCUAAAAGUGUCUUGUUAGAUGGCAAUAGGUGCAUAAUGUUCAGCCACUAAGUCUAAGAUAAGUG